AUGAAGUGGGUCGCCAAGUCAUCUCCGGCGGCUGUCACCUGGUGGAGCGAAAAAAUGACGACUUUGCGGCUCUCCGGCGACUGUCAUCCGACGGAGAGGAGCUGGAUGGAGGUGGGGCGCGUGUCAGGGAGCUUCAUCCUCAGGUCCGCGCAGCAAGAGGAGGCUCUUCAUCGCAUCUACUAUGCUCUCAAGAGGUGGCGACUCGUCUCCCGGCAGAUCGUCCUCUUCCCGACGAUGGCUUGUUCGUCGAUCAAUCGGAGAUGAUUUACUCAAUGGAUUCAAGAUCCUUUUAUCGCGAAUCCUUCAGCAAUUUUAGUAACAAUGCUCUGUGAAUCGCGUUGACUAGAUUUUUGCCGAUGAUCUAGCGAUUCUGGUUGCUUAAUCCCUCACCGGUGACUUGCAGGAAAGUCACGAUAAUCAGAUAAAAAUAUGAGUUUUGGCUCUGGGAGGAUUCGAACCCGCGCCGGUUGCCCUGCCUCUUCUGAGGAAGGUGACGGGUUUAGUCUCACAUCGGUUGUGCGCCGAAUUUUCGGGCGAAUAUAUAGUAAUGCUACAUUCCUAAGCAAAGUCCCUUUCUCGCACGUGUACGACCACUCCUUGCCCCACAGCCAGCUGGCUAUCGGUGAUGUGGAAGGGGAGUGGCGCACACGUGCCCCCAUCGGUUCAAGCUACUCGAGCCCCUACUCGCGGCUACUCUCCGACUACGCUUCCGACCCGCUUGCAGGCCCGGCUGGCCGGCGGGUCCCCUCAUUUUGUAAUAUUUUUAUUUUUAUUUCUUGUUCUUCAUUUAUCUCAAAGUAAGACUGUAAAAAUCGUAUAAAAUCACAUAAUUACCCAAAAAAUCACAUUAAUCAACUGAAAACUACUUUUCACACUUUAACACAAAUAUAAGUCUAUUUAUCAUGAGUUAAGGCUAAAACUAUAUUAUUUACUAAUUAUUAACUCAUGAUAAUGAAGACUUAUCAAUGACUAUACCUGUGUGAGUUGGGUAUACCUUAUACGCGACCACUCUAAGGUCGUCACUCAAUAUUUCACUAUGCUCGAAAUUCUUCGUAUUGACAACACCCUCGAGUCUUCUCUCUAGACCUUCUAUGCCGAUCGUGGUAUUAUUGAUUAGACCACCUAUCAUUAUACCUCACAACAAAAUAGUGUCAUUGGACAUAAACAUCGUCACCUCCUUGACAUCACUUGUACCCUACUUCUUGAGAUGAAUGUCUCACACUAUCGGUGGACCAACGCCCUCAUGAUGAUUAGUUACCUCUAGAAUCGGUUUCCCUCUGCCCAUCUAGGCAAGGUCAUUCCCCUUUCAGGCCUCCUAUUUAUCUCACCCCUAUUUUUCUUUCUCCUCAAGUCUUUGAAUGCACUACCUUAAUCAAGGAUCACUCUCUUUCCUUAUCCAAACUAGUCUCUCGUACUCUCAAAAAGGUCUUUCUUAGCUACUCCUGAAUGUAGAAGGGCUAUCUAGUUUAUUUUUCUAACACUUGUCGCUAUGUUACGUCAGCUGACAUCACCUUCCAUGAGGAGUCUGCCUUCUUCUCCUCUACCUUCCCUCCUCCUUCUUGAGCUGCCACUUGUCCUCCACCUAGCUUUUUCCCCUUGAUGGUCCUUGUAGAUUCGUCUUCUUUGAAUCCCUCUUGUCCAUCCUCUCCACCAUCACCUCCUCCUCCUAGCUCCCCAUCUUCCACCUACCUCCUCCACUUCGAAUGUAGAUCCGUCGUCCCCCUCCUCCACCAAGCCGCCUAUGCCUCCCACUAACGUCCCCAAUGCUCCUCAAGAUAAUCUUCAUCUUUCCAUUGCCAUGUGCAUAGGUACAUGUGCUUGCUUGUACCCUACACCCUAUCUCUCAUAUCAUUUCCUAGAUCACCUUUCCCCCUCCUUUUGUACCUUUGCCCUUUCUGUGGCCUCCGAGUUGAUUCUCCACUCACAUGUUGAGGCGACAUAGGUACCUGAGUGAAAGGUGACCAUGGACUUGGAAGUAGAUGUCUUAGUAUCUUGAGGGACUUCGAAACUAGUUCUUUAUUCGGCGAACGUCAAUAUCAUCACGUAUAAAUGGGUGUUCACACUCAAAUACCAUCUAGAUGACACUAUUAUAUGUCACAAGACUCAUUUGGUUGUUUGUGACUUCACCUAGGCAUAUGGCAUCGACUAUACUAAGAUGUUCUCCCCUAUCAUCUGACUCGCUUCUAUCUUAGUGUUCCUUUCUCUCAUCAUAAAUCAAGCAUAGUCUCUCCACUAGUUACAUAUUUUUAACACAUUUCUCUAUAGUGAUCUCGAGGAGCAGGUCAAAGAGAAUCACUAAGGUGUGUUUCUUGCAAAAGGUGAUUUACAAGCUCAAGUAGAGUCCACACACUUGAUUCGCCAAGUUCAAUAGUCUUCUCACCACAUUUGACUUCUCGUCAUGCAUUGUGGAUCUUACUAUGCUCAAAUUUAGGGUGGCCUAGUUAUUCUUACGAUCUACGUCAGCGACAUUCUUGUGACUAAGAGUGAUGAGGCUAGCAUUUAUUCUACUAAAGCUUAUUUGUAGUAGUACCUCAACAUUUGUGACUUGGGGACUCUAAGAUAUUUUCUUGAGAUUGAGUUUGCAUACUAGGAUAAAAAGCUCAUCAUGACCCAAUAAAAGUAUAUCCUUAACAUGUUUUAGGAGACUUGACUCCUUGGGUGCAAGUCAUAGAUUUCUCCUAUAAAAGUUCAUUUGCAGUUCUAGGACACUUCAUCUUCACUCCUUGAGGAUGGUAAUCGGUACAAGCGAUUAUUGGGCAAGCUAGUGUAUAUCUCACCAUCACUCAUUCCAACAUCGUGUAUACAAUUAGUAUUCUGAGUUAAUUCAUGCAGGAACCACGAUGAGUUCAUUAGAAGGGAGCUCUACAUGUUCUAACAUGCAUCAAGUGAGCCUCAAUGAAAUGACUCAUCUAUCAGCGACAUGGUCAUCUCAAUGUUGAAGCCUAUUUUGAUGCUGCGUAUGCAGGUGACAAGGGCGAACGGAAGUCUACUAUGGGUUACUACACAUAUGUUGCAGAUAACCUCAUCACAUGGCGAUCUCAGAAAUAAAGAGUGGUGUCAUGCUCUAGCAUAGAGUUUGAAUAUUGAUAGGAAUCAACAUCACUUUGAGGACAAGGUGAAACUCAUUAUGGGGAGAAUUAUUAAGCCUCUAUGCACUCAUUUUAGAAGGAAGAAGACCUAAGUUCAACUAGGGAAUAACUGAAGGUGAGAUUAUAGGGGACUCCUAAUAGACUAAAGGAAUAAUAAGAGCUUCACAAACAAUGCACAUGGGCUACCUCAGAAUAAAGAAGGGCAUACAUAAAGGAAAGGAGGAGAAAGAAUGCACCUUUGGAGAAAGUGAUUCAUCAAGCAUGUACUUAUUAUUAUCUUAGAUCUAAGGCAAUUGAAUUUGAUUUUCUUUGAUCUCUCCCCUCUCUUCUUCUAUCUUACCCACUUCAGAUGGGCAGAUGACUGCAGCCUCCGCCCCUAGCAGAAGUGAAUCAGAAGCCCCCAAUUGGUGGAGAUGCUUUGUAGGUCCUAAUCUUCUGGUUGGCAGCCUGAAUGUGAGCGGACAGAGGCUAGAACCGUCGCAUAGGAGGCCAUCGCCACUUCGCUGCCUCUUCCUUCUCAAGUUCCUCCAAUCUUCUAGAGAUUCAGAAGCUCCCAUGUACCUUAAUGCUUCCCCAUAGACAUGAAGUUCUGAGCUUCACAUCGCUCAGAACUGUAGUCUACAUAAGUAGGCAUUCAUUUGUACGGUUUGAACUUUUUCUCUUAACAAGAGGCAAGCAGAGUCGUUCAUCAUAAUUAGUUAAUUAGAGGCCUAAAAUUCAGUUUAUAAAACUUAUUGGGCUUGUGGGCCUAUUUAUGUGGGCUGACCCAAUAAUGGGAUGACGAUUGGGCUUGUCGACAGGUUCUAUGGUCCAGCCCAAUAAUGGGAUGUUUGGGGCCAGUCCGGGCCUCGGAAAAGCGGUCCACUGAGAUUAAGAGUAUUUCAGCUGUUCCGCUGGAACAGUUUUGGAUUAACGAGGAUCUGUCCGUUGACUCGCUGUUUUCUUCCCCGACGACUACCAUAAAUGCUACGACUUUACCAAUGACUCCCGUCGCUGGCUCGCAACAAAGGAGCCAUUGAUCCCCGAAUCGUGGAUUAUGGUCCCUUCUCUCUCUCGCUCUCUCUCUGUGUAUAUAUGUGUAUGCAUGCCUUCAUCUAUGCAUCUCUCUACAAUUAAGCCACGAAGGGUCAAGAAAAACCAAAAAAGUGUAUAGUUUAUGCAGUUAUCCUUCAGCCGGAUCGUGGCUUUAGGCUGACCUGGGAAUUCUCUCUCUCUCUCUCUCUCUCUCCCUCCCUCCAUCUAGCUGGCUAGCUCCGAAAGCAUGCACGUUGACAACCUCUCUCUGCCGUGUUUAAUGAGAGGUUCACUGUCCACGACACUGGAGCUAUCAUCCCGAAGAUAUCUUCGCCGCCCCCCACCCCGGUCCCCACCGUCGAUCUUGCCGGCCGACCGCCGCACGUGCCGCUUCAGCGGCGAACAUGUGAGUCGACAAGGACCACCCAUUCAAUUACCCCGACUUCGUAGUCUCCUCCUCCUGAAGCCCCCCACCAGGUGCUCCAUCUCUCUCUCUCUCUCUCUCUCUCUCUCUCUCUCUCUCUCUCUCUGUCUCUCUCUUCAGUGUUCAUCAUUUAUUGGUCUCAGACAUAUUUAAAGCUCUCUCAGCUCACUGAGGAAGGAGAUGGCUCUAUUCAUAAUGGGUAAGUUAUGCACAGGGAGGUGCACCAUUUUCUGUGAUGAACUCCAUCUUCUCUCUCUCCUCUCUCUCUCUCUCUCUCUCUCUCUCUCUCUCUCUCUCUCUCUCUCUCUCUCUAUCUAUCUACAUCUGUAUUCUCUGUCUGCGAUCGUUUAUAGACCGUUUUCGGCGGUACUCUGCUCGCAGAGAUCAGUUGUGAAUCGGGGGUUUCCUCGUAGCCGGAGAAUAGUCCAUCCCUUCUAUGUCCAUGACGCCGGGGUCCAUCUCCUCGGCCGGCGGGUCGUGCUCGGCGACGACAGGGACGGCGGCGACCUCUUGUACCCGUUGACUUCUGGCACUCUGUGGAAGAUAACGAAAAUCAACGUGAGGAUGAAGACGACUACAGUGCUGGAAUAAUCGGAACGCCAGUUUGACUUUAAUUGUUCUGACUAAAAGACAAACCUUUCGUGACGCCCGGGUCAGAAGUUUUCUACUGUUUCCUGCGCGAUAAGAGGGAUAAAGGGAGUACUCUGAGCAAGUGAGAGAGCGAGGGAGAGAGAGAGAGGGAGAGAGAGAGAGAAAUCAUGUUUCGGAUGAUCAGAAGCAAUAAUAUUCAUGAAAGUUUUCCCAUCUACGGUUGAAUUCUAACUAAAAUUCUAACUCUCCUUCAUCAUACCUGAAUGGAGAGCUGUUCUUCCCACCGGAGCUCUCCCUGCUCUCACACUCCCACUGUCAUCCUGAAACCGACCGAGAAUACCUUCAGCUUUCGAUCCCCAGAAUAGAGUAAAACAAGAUGAAGGGUCCCGAAAACAAGAAACCCACCUGCUGGUUCCUCUCCAAGGCGGACGAAGGCUCUUCUUCCAUCCCAUUCCCUAGAUAGACAGAUUAGAGAGAGAGAGAGAGAGAGAGAGAGAGAGAGAGAGAGAGAGAGAGAGGGAGGGAGGGAGAGAGGGAGGGAGAGAGGGAGAGAGAGUAGACCUUCUUAGUCAUCCAGAAAUCCACUAAUAAACGGCUGUGAUGGGAGGAAUAGUGAGGGUUUCCGUCAUCGUACCUCUUCCCGCGGCGGUGUCUAGAGGCAGCAGCAACAGCAGCAGCAGCAGCAGCAAGAGGAGCAACGCUGAGACCCGAGCCCUCAUUCUGGAGGAGUCCACCGGCGAGAGAGAGGCGACCAAGGAGAAGGAAAGAGUAGAUGGCGGGAGCUCCCUCUCAAUUUCUUCCACAAAUAAUACUCCACCAGGCGGAUGUGGGGUAUCGAGACAAUGUUCUCAAUAUCCCCUCGUUUCCGCUAUAUAUACCAUCAUAGAACAUAUUCUAUCAUAUAUCAUCAUCUCUCACAUUUUUCACUGUUUUACUGUGCCUUCGGGGGCCUCUCCCCCUACUUCGGAAGAGCGAGUAAAUGAGAUUAUGUACUACUAUUAUGUUGCACCAUGCAGGAAACAGUGGCCGGACGGCGGUUGGGAGGGGUGGGGAUGUUGCCGGUUGCUGGCCAGUUGGUCCCCCUGCCGGCCGUUCACAUGGAUGUCCAUGUCUGGCCUCCGUCGGAAAGCGGCGUGUUGACUUGGGGCGUCCACGUGGUGGCCGGCUGCCCACGCGGCCUGUCUGCGCUUUCUUUGGCAAUAAGACAUGGUGGGUGAUGACCCUGUCUAGGCUUGACGAUGGUUGCUCCCUCGGCGAUACCGCCGCCAACCCCUCCCCACCUUCCGGCGGCCACCAUUAAAUUCCAUCUCAAAGAAAUGUGAGAUCGACGUCGGAGGAAGCGGUAGAAAGGGACUCAUUGCUUGCAAAUGUAAUAUUACUAUAUAUUCGUCCAAAACUUUGGUGCACAAGUAGUGUGGGACUAAACCCACAUCACACCUUCUCAUGAAAGACUUGGAAUAACAAUCUAGACUUCACUUCUUCUAUUCACAUCUUUAUCACUUCUUCAUUCAUAGAUAUAUUUACAACAUGCUCCAAUUAUCAAUACUCAUCUAAAAAUAAUAUUAAUCCUAUAUUUCUCUUUUCUCAUGACUUAAUUUUUAAAAGUUUGCAUUAUAUUUCUUCUUUUAUAUAUAUAUAUAUAUAUAGUAGAUAAGUAACUUUUCCUAUAGAUAAGUUUUGAUAAUAAGAUUGAUGUCUCACACCCUCCAUGUGUGUACUCUUCAUUUUUAGGGCUUUCACUUUAUCUACUUAUUUUACAGUAAAUAUUUUUCUAUACAUGAUUUUUGACAAUGAGAAUGAUGUCUCACACCCUCCAUGUGUACUCUUUGUUUCUAGAUUUUUCACAUUACUCUCUCUUUUUUUUUUUGAAAUAAGUGAUUUCUCCUCACAAGUCCUAUAGAUCAAGGUGCAAAAAUUUCUAUUAAACUCAAAUGAUCAAUCAAAUUUUCACAUCAAGUAAAUACUAUUUAUUAAGAUCAUGAACUGAAAAUCUAUAAAAUCAAAUCCAUGUUAUCUAUCAUGUAUCCAAGGAGUCUUCCAACAUUUCAUGCUACUAAAUCAUUCUUUUAACUUAAUAAUAAUCUUCUUAGUAUCUUUUGGUAUCAAUCAAUCUACUUGAUUUAAUUUUUCGUGCAUGCAAUAUGAUGUAAGAAAUUUGUAAAUUAGAUAGUUCUGAUAGUUUUGCUUUAUGUUUUCAGCUCUAUUUUUAGCAACAAUAAAUUUGUCAAAAAUAAACCAAAACUAUUCUCUUUAUGACUAUAAUUUUGAAUUUCAGCAAUAUAUGUCUAGGGCAUUGAAAUGUGAGAAAGGGUCUCUAGAAUUUUAAAUUUUGGGCUUUUUUUUCUCUAUUAUUUUUGUCAGUCUAUUGUUCAUGACAGAAAACCAGAAAAUAGAUAUUGUAGUUUUUCCGAAUCUUUUAUUUUAGUUGCUAUUCUAAGUGAGCAUGAAAAAAAAUACAAACACAUGUUCUUAAUUGUCCUACAGCAUAAAUUAAGAAUUAAUACUUCACCCCUCAACUUAAAAAUGACAUUGUCCUCAAUGACACAGAAAAAUUAGAACAGAAUAUGUAGAAAAUAUAAUUCUCAAGUGAAACAUACAUAUAUGUAAAAUUAAGUAUUAAAAAUGUUGUCAUAAAUGAUAAAGCUCAGAAAGACAUCACUUUAACCUUGUUUUUAAUUUUCCACUUCAUCUUACACUCCUCCUCUUGCACUUUUUUGAAAAAAUAAAAAUAAAAUACAGAAACAAGUAUUGUGAAAUUUUAAGAAAAAUAAAGCUUAAAAAAAACAAAAUGAAAUAAAGACCAUGGGUUACCUCCCAUGCAGCACUAAAUUUAAUGUCUCUAGCUAGACACAUUAAUCUUUCUCUUGAAUUUGUUUUAAUAAUAAAAUUUCUUUUUCUACAAGGCAUUCAUGUUUUAUGUAAUGUUUAAGCCGCUGUCCAUUUAUCUUAAUGUUAUGAUCACUUUUAGGAUCUUUAAUCAUUACAGCCCUAUGAUCAUGUCUCUUCCACCAUAUAAGGUCUUAUCUAUUUUGAUUUUAAUUUUCUUGAGAAUAAUUUCAACCUAGAAUCAUAUAACCACACUUUUUACCAACAUCAAUUUUUUUUCUACUAAUGUAUUUAUAAUGAAAAGUUUUUUUUUUGUUAUAUAUUCUAUGAUUUUCAUAAGCUUUAUUCCUCAACUCCUCUAGUUCAUGUAGCUAAAAAAUUCUAUGCCCAUCAGCUGAUUUUUCAUCCAUAUAUAAAAUUUUUAUAGCCCAUAAUACUUUAUGCUUUAUUUCCACAAGAAGAUAACAUGGCUUUUCAAAAAUGAGAUAAAAUGGAGACAUACCUAUGAAAUUUUUAUAAGCUGUUCUAUAAGCCCAUAAUGCAUCUUGUAAUUUUGUGGGCCAAUCUUUCCUAUUUGAUCUAAUUAUUUUCUCAAAAUUCUCUGAAUUUUCUUAUUCACUACUUCAUCUUGCCCAUUUAUUUGAGGAUGAUAUAGAGUGGCUAUUUUAUGGUGUACUCUAUUAUUUUUCAAUAGUUCCCUAAAAUGUUUAUUUGUAAAAUAUGUUCCUCCAUCACUAAUAAUCACUCUAAGACAUCCAAAUUUCGAAAAAAUAUUUUCCUGCACAAAUUUCAUCACGAUUUUAUGAUCAUUAGUUUUAGUAGGAAUAGCUUCCACCCACUUAAACAUAUAAUCAACAGCAAGUAAAAUAUAUUCAUAUUUUUCAACUGAUAGGAAGAGACCCAUGAAAUUUAUUAUCUAUACAUGAAAAAUUUCGACUACUAACAUGUUACUCAUGGGUAUUUCAUCUUUUUUGCUCAUGUUACCUAUAGAUUGACAUGAAAUACAUGUUCUACUAAAUUCUAUAUAAUUUUUAAUGAUUUUAGGCCAAUAAAAACCACACUGAAAUUUUUUUCCAGCUAUUUUUCGUCCAAAAAAAUGUCCUCCACAGUUAGAUGAAUGGCACAUGUUCUGAUAUGAAUGGAACAUAUUUAUACUACAUGAUUAGUAUAAAUAAUAAUUUUAGCUCUGGAAAUAUAUGAUCUAAACGUUUCUAAUGAAAAUAUUACAACUAAAAACUCUUUUUCAGUCGUGGUAUAAUUUAAUUGAGCAUCAGAUAUAGUUUUACUAGCAUAUGAAAUUAUUAUGGGUUUUGACUCUUUUGUUUGUCCUAGAACGACUCCUACUACAUAAUUCGAUUCAUCACACAUUAUUUCAAAGGGAAGAGAUCAAUCAGGAGCUUGUAAAAUAGGUGCCUCAGUAAGUAAUCUUUUUAUUUCAGAAAAAGACUCAAAACAUUUCUUAUCAAAUUUAAAAGGCACAUCUUUAGAUAAUAACAUGGUGAGAGGUUUAAAAUUUUUUGAAAAAUCUUGAAUAAAUUUUUUAUAAUAACCUACAUGACCCAAGAAAGAUCUAAUCUAUUUUAUUGAUUUCAGAAGUUUCAUUUUAGAUAUAAUAUCAAUUUUUACUCCAUCCACCUCUAAACCGCUUUCACUCACAAUAUGACUCAACAUAACUCCCUCUCUAACUAUAAAAUGUAAUAUCUCCAAACUCAAAAUUAUUUUUUUCUCUAUACAUUUCUUAAGUAUAUGCAAUAAAUGAUUUAAGCAUUCAUCAAAUGAUUCACCAAAAAUAGAAGAAUCAUUCAAAAAAUUUCCAUCUAUUUUCCAAUCAUAUCAGAAAAAAUAGGCAGCAUACAUCUUUGAAAUGUGGCUAGAGUAUUACACAGACUAAAAGGCAUGCAUUUAAAAGCAAUAGUACCAAAUGGACAAGUGAAAGUUAUUUUUUCUUGAUCUAAAGAGUUUAUAUAAAUUUGAUUAUAACUAGAGUAUCCAUGUAGAAAAUAAAAAAAGUUUUUUCUAGCUAAUUGUUUUAGAAUUUGAUUAGUAAAUGGUAGGGAAAAAUGAUCUUUCCUAGUAACUGAAUUUAAUCUUUUAUAAUCAAUGCAAACCCUCUAAUCGGUAGUUAAUCUUGUUUGUAUUUCAUCCCUAUUUUUGUUUUUUAUAAUCAUGAUCCCUAAUUUUUUUGGCACCACUUGUGUAAGAUUAACCCAUUUGCUAUCUAAAAUAGGAUAAAUAAUUUCAAUUGUCAGCCACUUUAAUUUAUUUUUUUUACAAUUUUCAUCAUGUUAGGAUUUAAUCUUCAUUGUGGUUCCCUAUUAGUACUAGCCUCCUCCUCUAGAUAUAUACUAUGCAUGCAUACACACAUAUCAAUGCCCCUAAGAUCAUCCAUUUUCCAGCCAAUGGACUUUUUAUUUUUUCAAAGUAUAUUUAAUAACUUUUCUUCUUAUUCAUUACUCAAAUCAGUUGUAGUAAUAACAUAAUAUGAAUUAUUUUCCUCCAAAAAUAUAUAUUUUAAACUAGAGGGAAGAGGUUUCAACUCUAAAUUCAGAUGAUCUUCUUCUUUCUUUUCUCUGAAAUUUAUAUUCUUUAUUUCCUCUAAUUCUUCUAGCACAUAGUCAUCAAUAACAUUUGGAUCAUCAAAAUCAUCUAGAAAAUCUAUGGUAUGACAGUCAUAUAUUUGGGAUUUCUUAAGAUCAUUUGAUACCUUAAAAAUUUUAAUUUCUACUGAUUGAUCUCCACAUAAAAUUUUUGCAAUACCUGUAAGAAAAUCAAUAUUCAUGUUUGCUGUAUGCAAAAAUAGUUUCCCUAAGAUGAUUGGUGUAUCAUAAAACUUUCCAUUAAAAUCUAUUUCCAGAAAAAUCAGUUGGAAAUUUACACCUUUUAACUGUCACUAUCACAUUUUCUAAAAUACCUUUAGUAUGUUUUAUAGAUUUAUUAUCAAAUUAUAAAGUAACAGUAGAAGGUUUACGAUCUGUAAUAUUAAAUUUAUCACAAAUACUUGUAUCAAGUAAUGUAUUCUAAAAAAUGGAUCCACCAAUAUCACACGAAAUUAAAGAGGCACUAGUAUCUCUCAAUUUAUAUGGUAAUUAAUUUAAUAAUAAAGCACUAGCAUGCAUAGAUAAUUUUUUUACUCUAGGUGUCCUUUUUAAUGUAUACAUUUCUUUCAAAACUCUAGCAUAUUCAGGAAUAUAUUCAAUGGCAGUGAGUAAAGGAAGACUAAUUUGCACAUCUUAUAAAAAAAAAAUUAUUUCAUUAUGUUCUUUUUCUUUUCUUUGUCUAGGCUCUAGAGCUUUAGGAAAUGAAAUGGUUGUCCUCUCUUUCGGAGUUUUCUUAGUAGAAUCUAUAAAAUCCUCUUCUACUCCUAUUUGAUUUUACUUUGGGCUGUCCACGUUUUCCUUUUCUUCUAAUGUUUGGAGAUAAGGAUCAAGUAAAAUCUUCUCACUCAAUGCAUUUACUGUCUUAAUAUUUUCAUUUCGUGGGUUUUUUCCUAAAUUCAUGCUACUAGACUCCCCUUACUGAAAUCUUAUUGUUGGGCGAUUCUUUAGAUUUUCUAUGGGUUGACUAGGUAGUUGUCCCUCUUUUCUCUUAAUCCCAAGAGCCUCUAUAAUUUGUUUCUGCUGCAACAUCAUUUGAUUCAUAAUUUGUUGUAUCAUUUGACUCAUUUACUACAUCAUUUCCAUAGCAUUAGGUUAGGUUUGAGAGGACUGAUUUUUUUGAAAUCUGUUUUCCCAUUUUGGAUGAAAUUCAGAGUUUGAAUUGGAUCUAAGUGCUUCUAGAUUUUGAAUAUUAUUUGGGUCUUUCCACGAAAAAUUAUUUCUUCAUUAGGAUUAUAAGAAUUAGAAAAAGGCUUCCUAUUUUUAUUAAAAUCAUGAGCUACUUACACUUGUUCUUGCAUAGGGUAAAAUGAUUGAUCUAAAUUAUAGUAUUGAAAUUCAGAAUAAUCAUUUUGACCAUACAUAGGACAUGUACUAUUUGAAUUGAAUUGAGGGUUAAGAGACUUUCUAAUAUUGUCAAUAAGUAAAUCAAGUUUUCCUAAUAUUUUAUUAAUCUAAUUAACCUCAUUUAGUAAAUUAGAAUCAUUUUGAUGAUAUAAUUUAUAAAUUCUUCUCUUCUUAUCCUUGUCAUAUAAUUCAAAAGAGGCUUGAUCUCUAGAAUUUUCACUUACAUUCUCAUAAAGGCUGUAAAUCUCAACAAGGGUUUUCUCCAUAAAAGUUCUUCCAUAUAUCGAAUCAACCAUAUUUCUAUGUUGUUCUAAUAAUCCAUCAUAAAAAAAUUUAGUGAGUUGUCACUUGGGUAUAGCAUGAUGAGGACACUUUCUAAGUAAAACUAUGAAUUUUUCCUAUAUCUCAUACAAAGUUUCUCCUGAUCUUUGAGAAAAACUCUAUAUAUAUUUUCUCAUAUUUUGAGUUUUUCCUAAGAGAUAAAUUUUUUGAAGAAAGGCCUAUUCUAUAUCUUUUCAGUUAGUUAAUUUCUCUAUCUAAUGUGGAUAAUCAAUGACUAGAUUUGUCCCCAAGUGUAUGAGAAAAUAAUUUUAUCUUAAUAAUUUUCAAUGUAACUUGAGGGAGAUUAACUAAAUCACAGACCAUAUAAAUUUUUUUAAAUGCUGAUAAGAUUCCUCUAAAAGCAAUCCAUGAAAAUUAGGAAGCAUUUGAAAAAUUCUUAGAUUUAUUUCGAAUUUAACAGUGGGUGUUAAUGGGACUCUAAUAUUGGAUGCUCUUUGAAAUGAAUCAGGGAUAUAAUGAUUUUUCAUGGCCGUAGGAUUAUUCUCAAUUUGACUUGUACUUCCUUCAAGAUCUAUCAAAAUUAAUCUUUCUUUUAGAUUUUUAGUUUUGAAUGAAAUAAUGAAAGAAUUUUCUAGCCUUGGAUGCAAAGAUCUUCUACCAUGCAUAAAAAUCAAUAAAUUUGAGGAAAAAGUUUAAUAAUUACUACCCUCAUUUAGUAUGCUCUAGUCCUUGCCUUGCUUCUCUUCAUUUCCUUUUUUUUUUUAAAAAUUCAGCAAGAAGAAAAUAAAACAAGAGUUAAUUUUUUUGUGUACUCUAAGAGAAAAAUAGAAAAAUACUAAAUAUUAUGUAAUACAUCCCCGAAGGCAUCAAAAUUUGAUGUGACUUAAUCAUUGUAUAGUAAAUCACAUAAAUUUAAAAUUUAUAAAACUAGAAAAUACUAAUUUUUAGAUAUUUAGAAGUAUUUUUGAGCAAAUAUAUCAAUUAUAGUUCAAUAAAACUUUCAAAAAUAGUAGUAAAUUUUCAGUUGAUCAUAGGGAUGUAAUAUAAUAUCGGGUAAUUUUUCAGAAUUUUUUUCAAAGAAUAUAUUUUUUAUAAAUUAUAUACUAAGAAAUAAAAAUAAAAUGUAUUUAAAAUUCACAAAAGAAGGAAAUAAAGGUGUAGAUGUCAGGAUAAUAUCAGUGUCUAACUGACGUGACUCAGCCGUUGUAUAUUAAAUCACGCAAAUCUAAAAUUUAUAAAACUAGAAAAUACAAAUUUUCGGAUAUUUAGAAGUAUUUCUGAACAAAUAUAUCAAUUAUAAUUCAAUAAAACUUCCAAAAAUAGCGGUAAUUUUCCAGGUUGAUCACAAGGAUGUAAUAUAAUAUAUGGUAAUUAUUCAGAAUUUUCCUCAAUGAAUACGAUUUUCUAUGAAUUUUACACUAGGAAAUAAAAAGGAAAUAUAUUUAAAAUUUACGAAAAAAGGGAAAUAAGGGUGCGGACGUCAGGAUGACAUCAGCGCCCGGCGAACGCGAAUCGGGCGGAAACAGAGUUCCACCUGGCGAUUCUUACGUGGGUGAUUACAGACGAUUUAAUUAAUCAAAUUAAGAUCUGUAAAAGCCGGAAGAAUCAUAAUAGAACAAAGUAUAUUUUGGUAAAUUAAAAUCACAAAAAAUAUCACAAAAUGAAGUAUAAAGUAAGUUGAAAGUAGGAAAACAGAGUUCUGGCGUCGCGACGGCGAUGCGUUGGCGAUGCACCGGAAUCCUGAGCGUUCGGGAGGAUCGUCGUGUAGUGUCCAUGGCCUCGAAGGCUCUCUUUGGACAAAGACGACGUGGGCAAUCUCUAGAUCUCCUUUCGAAGUUUAGAGAUCAAUGGAAUGGGUCGUCGAGUCGUCUUCGGCGGCUGUCACCCGGCAGAGCGGAAAAACGGCGACUUUGCGGCUCUCUAGCGGCUGUCACCCGACGGAGAGGAGCUGGAUGGAGGUGGGGCGUGUGUUAGGGAGCUUUGACGUGACUUAGUCGUUGUAUAUUAAAUCACGCAAAUCUAAAAUUUAUAAAACUAGAAAAUACGAAUUUCCGGAUAUUUAGAAGUAUUUAUAAAUAAAUAUAUCAAUUAUAAUUCAAUAAAAGUUCCAAAAAUAGCGGUAAUUUCUCAGGUCGAUCACAGGGAUGUAAUAUAAUAUUUUGUAAUUAUUCAGAGUUUUUCUCAAUGAAUACGAUUUUCUAUGAAUUUUAUACUAGGAAAUGAAAAGGAAAUAUAUUUAAAAUUCACAAAAAAAAGAGGAAAUAAGGGUGCGGACGACAGGAUGACGUCAGCGCCUGGCGAACGCGAAUCGGGCGGAAACAGAGUUCCGCCCGGCAAUUCUUACGUAAGCGAUUACAGACGAUUUAAUUAAUCAAAUUAAGAUCUGUAAAAGCCGGAAGAAUCGUAAUUGAACGAAGUAUAGUUUGGUAAAUUAAAAUCACACAAAGUAUCACUAAAUAAAGCGUAAAUUAAAUUGAAAGCAGGAAACCAGAGUUCCGGCGUCGCGACGGCGAUGCAUCGGCGAUGCACCGGAAUCCUGAGCGUUCGAGAGGAUCGUCGUGCAGUGUCCACAGCCUCGAAGGCUCUCCUUGGACAAAGACGACAUGGGCAAUCUCUAGAUCUUCUCGCGAAGUCUAGAGAUCAAUGAAGUGGGUCGUCGAGUCGUCUCCGGCGGCUGUCACCCGGCGGAGCGGAAAAACGACGACUUUGCGGCUCUCCGGCGGCUGUCACCCGACGGAGAGGAGCUGGAUGGAGGUGGGGCGCGUGUCAGGGAGCUUCAUCCUCAGGUCCGCGCAGCAAGGGGAGGCUCUUCAUCGCAUCUGGUACGCUCUCAAGAGGUGGCGACUCGUCUCCCGGCGGAUCGUCCUCUUCUCGACGACGGCUUGUUUGUCGAUCAAUCGGAGAUGAUUUACUCGAUGGAUUGCGAUCCUUUUAUCGCGAAUCGUUCAGCAAUUUUAGUAGCAAUGCUCCGCGAAUCGCGUUGA